AUGACAUCCGAGGUUUCAUUUGAGCAGAGUCCUUUGGUAGCGCGGCAGCGACUAAGGCAGCGGUACCAGGCGCGAGAAGGAGCUUCAAUUGACGACGAACCAAUUCCGGCCGGGAGACAAUCCGGUAAACCGGUCCAAACAUCCGAGGGACCAUCUGCAUCUUUCAAAAAUCUCCAAACGUUCUUUUUCACAAUUAUCAAUAUAUUUGUAUGGAUUUUUGAAUUUUUGCCGAGAAUGCAAAAGGAGGAAGCUCAGGUAUCUGAUACGGACAGCUCACUAAUUAUUCUAGAUGUAGUUGAAGAUAAAGCACCAGCUUUUGGCAGCAAAGACGUGGAAGAAGCUGCAAAAAAAGACGAUGGAUUUCUCCACCAGCUGUGGAUAGACACCACCGAGGUUCCACACGAGACCCCCCAGUAUGGGACAUCAUUUACCGAAGCCAAAAUGUCUCGAUAUACAGAAGCUCGGACACUAGACCGCAGAUAUAACCAAAUUUUCACCCAAAGUGCAUUGAAAUCGUCAAGAGAUAUGAAUGAAUUCACACCGAAACUUUCCAGAACCGCCUACGACGACUUUGUAUCGAAGUAUUACUUGCCCCAGGCGCCUCUGAAGUCGCAAUACUCGCUCGUGGACACUUUGGUGGACACCUAUUUGGCAGAUGAGGUGUCGAAGAUAGACACUGAAAGAGACCAAAGACGGCAUAAAAUCACCAUUGAGCGAGAAGCUCUCACAUCACGGAUCGAACCGCUACAAAAGGACCAACUAGCGCUGGUUUUAAAGUACUGGCUGGCACGCAAUUCCACCGUUGUAAAGUCUCAGUUCCAAAUAGAUAUCACGGCAAGAGACUUAAGUACUUUGAACGAUGGACAAUGGCUUAAUGAUAAUGUCAUCGACUUCUACUUUAAUUUGUUCACUAAUAGCAAUGUGUUUGGCUGGACCACUCACUUCUAUACCACAUUGAAGGAACGAGGUUAUGCUGGAGUUGCAAGAUGGUCCAAACGGAAGAAAGUCGAUGUGACUUCCAAAGACUUGAUUUUGGUGCCUAUCAAUAUCAUGGGAAUCCAUUGGGCAUUGGCGGUGGUUGACAAUCGAAACAAGCAGUUUCAGUAUUUUGACUCUCUUUCGUCUCAUGGAAAUCCUCAAGCCUUACUGCUUCUUCGCCAGUAUAUGAGUGCGGAAGCUGAAAAGCAAAAAUCGCCAAUUGACUAUUCCACAUUCAAAAUUCGGCCCAGUGAAAAAGCUCCACAGCAACUGAACGGUUACGACUGUGGUGUGUUCAUGUGUACUUGUGCUAAAUUUUUGGCAAAAGGGUAUAAACUCACCUACGGGCAGCGGGACAUGAAGGUGAUUCGGCGCCGAAUGGCCUACGAAAUUAUACAGGGAAAGUUGUUGAAUUGA